AGUCGUGAGUUGUUGGUGACUCCGUGAAAGUGGUUCUCAUUCCAAAGAUCUAGUCUUCGCCCUUCGUCGCCGACACAACUCCAACGGCAACGUGGCUGGUACCAUAGUCCACAAUCCUUCAACAUUAUUAGUUCGUCUAUUAUCAGCUCUAUUAUCCAAGUUCUAUCCUACUGUGAUACCAAGCUGUUGUCAAGACUUUCCCUCGUCCAUUAUCCUUCAAAUUCGUGCCAUUAUCCAAGUUAUACCCAAAAGCAAGAAAGAUCACAAUGACGACCGAAGAAGUACAGCCACGGAUGCGCGUCCCUCGUUCGGGUCGUAUGCCCCAGAGGAGCCAGUCGUCGGUUGGCGGUGAGCAUCGUCCCUUGCAGCGUACAGCGACGGGCACGGCCACUGCGGGACCUCCUUCCCGAACCAGACAACCUUUGAAACGUCACAAUACGACGGGAGGCAGAGCGCCCCGUGGCGCUGCCGUCUCUCCUCGUCGCGUGAAAAAGAAGGGGAUCCGAGUGGCCAUUACGGUGCGCAAACAGGAAGGCGACGAUGAAGAGCAAGAAAAGCCAGAGGUCGAGGAAGAGGAGGAUUUGAAGUUGUAUCACAUGGAAGUCCACUGUUCGGGAAAAUUCAACCGCAAAGUCUGUUGGCCGGAUAUUGACUCUUUUUGGGGAGAUCCCAAUACCACCAUUGACAAGAAUUCCAUGUGCGAUUUAUUGGAACAGUAUACCCAAGAACAGUACCCCGAACGCAGAGAUGCCGACAAUUUACAUCCCAAACGAUGCUACAUCAAAGAUGAACCAUUGCGUGGCAUUAGCUUCUACAAGGAUUAUGGUUGGGAUCCUGUCAAGUUACACCUCAAGGCCAGAGAAAAGAAGGAAGUAGAGAUUCUGGAAAGAUACACCAAAUCCGUAAAGCUGGAAACCAUCCCCGUCAAUUUUGGAACCUCCGACAUUAAUGAAAUUCUCAUCCAACAAGGCGACAAGGCCGUCAUUUCCACACUCACCAAAUCCAAAUUGCAGGGACAUCCAUUGGCAUUGGAAAUGAUGGCCAGCGAGACACAAAUUGUCGUCGAAUUGCGGGGCCUGGAAUCCAUCGUGGGAGUGCUGGGCAAUGACGAAGCACCACACGAUGCGGAUCCCGAAACGGGAGAACAAGUUUGGCGGGAUGUCAAGACAUUGCGAGCACUGCUGGCCGACAAGAAACCUCCCGAAAAAGAAGGCAAAGGACAACAUCGGAUACUCGAAGUCAUGGCAUUGGAAUCCUACAUCAAGGCACGUGUCUAUUACAGAGCGUAUGUGGAAGGUGACGUUGUGUCGGACCACGGUGUGGGACUCUUGUUGGGUGAACGGUGGUGGGCACAUCCACUCAAGGAUAUCAUGAUGGGAUAUAACAUUGACAAUGCGGCCAUUGUCUGGGAAGAUAUCGAACUUCGGUACUUUUCUGAAAUUGGAUACAAAAUGGACAAUGAAUACUUUGACUGGGAGAAUCAAGCAGGCAAGUGGGUCAAGGUUAAAAAGACACGAGAGCAGCCCUAUUGAUUCGGUUCAUUCUAUUUUUCCUUUCUGCUGGACUAUUGCGAAUGGAUGAGUAGUUAGAAAUGUAACGGUAACGAAUUCGAUAGCCGG